UAUCCAACUUCCGUUCAAAGUUUCAGUCAUAACUGAGGGAAAUUAAUUAUUCUAAUUCACACUGUAUAUUUGUUGGACUGUUACGUGAUACAUAUAUUCUGAAGCGUUUAGAGACCAUGUAUCUAGAACAGCCAUCAGAUUGAAAAUCUACGUGUGUAUUGAUCAGAUCAAGUGUGUUUUGUUCGACCGAUCUGACGUUUCAGGUUUGACUGAAAAUAGGACUGCUCUGGAUUUCAUUUAUCGUCUGAGGAUAAUUAGCUGAUAUUACUGUCAUGUUUUAACCGUAUAUGUAUUCGAGUACAUUGAUGAUUGACAUUGAUGAUAUAUAUUGGUUUGGGUUAGCUGUAUAAGUAGUUUCCCUCCUAAUCAACAUCUUUUGACCCGUGGUGUCACAGUGACACCUGUUAGACCAGUCCAUAAUUCACAUAAUAAAAUGUCCAUAUGACACCAGUUACGGUGUUAUGGUUAGAUGACAGCACUGUGUAGAUGGAGCUGGGAUCUUUGUGAAAGAAGGUAAUUGAUGCACAUUGGGAAAAAAUGUCGGAUGAUGCAAAGAAGUUUCAGACUCCAGAAGAGGAGCUGAAAUAUUGGCGAAGCCUUGCAGAGAAAUUCAAGCAAGAACUUGAAGAGACUAAGGAGGAACUAGAAGAGUUCCAAAUCAGCAGCCGAGAACUAGAAUGUGAGCUGGAGACGCAACUAGAACAGCUGGAAAACAAGAAUAAAGAAUUAAUGGCUGAUAAACACAGGCUCACAGUAGAAUGUGAAUCAUUAAGGGAAAAAUUAGAGAUACUACAGGGGUCCAGCCAUAAACAAGUUUCUCUUCUAGAAGAUGAACUAGCUCAAGUUUCUGCAUUUAAAGAUGAACUACAAAAAUAUGUACGAGAACUGGAACAGGCUAACGAUGACUUAGAAAGAGCUAAAAGAGCUACAGUUGUAUCCCUUGAAGAUUUUGAAUCUAGAUUAAAUCAAGCAAUAGAAAGAAAUGCAUUCCUAGAAAGUGAACUGGAUGAGAAGGAAACACUAUCAGAGACAGUACAACGACUCAAGGAUGAGGCAAGAGACUUGAGGCAAGAGAUUGAUGUACGAGAACGCCAAGAAUUAAUGAGCACAAGCUGUGAGUCAAUGACCGCCAGUGUUCACUUGGAACCAGAGACCGCUGAACAUGCUGAUGGCAGUAACGGGGUGACCCCACAGCGAAUGGGAGACAGUGGAUAUAGUGGGUCCCACAUGUCUACUACAGUGCCUUUGUCUCCCUCUACUCCUGUGGGUAGAGGAGUCCCCAGCACGAGUUCUUCUGGUACACCUCUCACUCCUAGCGCGCGAAUCUCGGCCCUAAACAUUGUUGGAGAUUUGUUGCGGAAAGUGGGUGCCCUCGAAAGCAAACUAGCCUCAUGUCGAAAUUUUGUAAAAGAUCAGCCUCGCAGUGGUAAAGUAGUAGCGGGAAGUGCAGUAGAUUCUCCAAGAAUGAAAAGGAUGAGCCGUGGAGGCACCAUGGCCUCCCAGCACAGCAUGAAGAUACCUGUGUCUUGAACAUACUGAUGUGAAGAGACUAGCAAGUAGAAAGAUGUCUAGUCACCACCCUGUGCAUUUACCUUACAACUUGGAGUCUGCUCUGUGUGACAGUCUAAUACAUCACAGGGCAGGUUCAUGCUGGCUAGACGGACUCAGUGAUAGACAAGACUUUGGUCGUCAAGUGCUUGUGAUGAAACCUUGUCACCGGUAAUGGACAGCCAUGAGGCUGUAUUCAUUUUGUCUCAUCUUUUGGCUUUUAUUUCCUGUGGAGUCUGAAUGGAAGAGAUUCGAGAGUUGUGCAUGAAGGAGGACUGAUCAUGCAGGAUUUGACUGAUACAGACUGAGGACAGGAACUCAACAGUCUUUCAGAUCUUAAAGUUUCCAGGAUUCUUCGUGUAAAGUUGCAUAGGUCGCAAUUAACAUUUUAAUAUUUAGAUGUCUAUGUGUCCUUAAUUUUUAGUGUCCACUUCGGUUGAAGUACUUUAGUAUCAUGCACUGGAUGAUUUGCAAUGUUCUUCCAUGAAGUCUGGCAAAACAGUGAUUGUAAUUAUCUAUGAAUGUGUCCAACUUCACAGUGUAAUGGUUAUGGGGCUAAUGAAACAGUAAUGAUUUGUGAUAUGGCUAGUGUAGUUAGACUGUGAAUUACGUCGUCCUUAACUUCUCUCUUGAGAUACUUGCAUUAACUACAUUGUAUACAUGCGUAUUUAUUUUUUUUUUAAAUUCCCAUUUGUACGAACUUAAUAUUUUCCAAAUCACAAACUGCCCUGCAGUUUUAUAUUGUGACCACGUAAACCAUUAGAAUCUCUGGUUAUUGAUUGUCCAUUCAGCAGUUCAGAGAAGAGAGGAUUAGUUCAAUGUGACACUCUGUCCCAUUACCCUUAAAGUGAUAGGAGGUGAGGUGAGGUGAAAUUGGGUUUUACGUCGUGCUUGAGAAUAUUUCGCUCAUAUGACGACUAAAGUGAUAGGAACUUCAAGAAAAGAAGGUCUGUAAUGACAGAGGUUUGUUUUGUGUACAUGUGGAAUCAUUUCUUAUGGUCCAUCUCAACAUUCAUAUUGCAGCUUUGUUGUAAUGUCAUUAAUGAUGAUACUUUACUGCUAGUUCACAUGGCCUUUUUGAUUAUUUAACUUGAUACACUGUGCAUCAGAUGUUAAGGGAUUGAUUAUUUGAUGAACAAUUAUUUUUUUUAUCUGAACCUCAUAAUAAAUAUGUGGACCAAGUAUGAACAUAUGAGUGUAUUCAUUUAACAUUUGGAUGUUGCUUUGAAGUAGAUAUUGAAAAAAUAUAUAUUAGCUUUAAUCAAGCCCUGCUCCAGAGAUAUGUGAUAGCAUGUACACAAUACUUGUAACCUGACUGUAAAUUUCAGGAGUUCAUUUAUACCAUACACUUCCUAAUUACUCUGCUAGUCUGACAGAAACCCAUGAAGUAGGCAAGUACACAUGUAACCUUUAUAUGCGUCAAGUUAAUUAUUAAGCUGAAUGGUGAAUGUACAGCCACUGUGAAGAACACUGCCAAAAUAUGUAUAUGUAUAUAAGAUACGUGUAUCCUUGUUUCACCAAGGAAUGCUGGGUCGGAUGAUGUUUCUGUAUAUUAUGUGAGAAUGGUCAAUGGGGUCUGUUUCUCUUUAACAAUUUGCUCUACAACCUACAUCCUGGGAUGCUUUGGAUAAUGUUGAAAUAGGUAAUCCCUGAAUGGCUUCAUCUUUUUAAAAAAGAACUAAACUAGUUGAGGGUUGAGAAGUUUUAUCAUGUUAUAGUGCUGAUUGAAAAACAGGAGCAUUCUGGUAAUGCACCUGUGUACAUGUAAGAACUUCAACAUUAAGAAACUGCUAAUAUUGUUGGGUUGUCAUUGAUCAGAAAUUUAGUAUUGAUAUAUCAACUCAAGUAUCAUUAUAUAUUGAUUGAUAAAACAAUUCUUUGUUCUGUUUGUGAAUGGAUAGACAAUUCCUUUAUGAUCGUGAAAUUAAUCAACUUCAGACUGGAUGGAAACUUUGAUGUUUCUAUAAAUGGUUAAAAUUGAAUUUUCUGUCUUUUUGUUAUCCAUCUUAAUAAAGGUAAUCUUUAACAAAUGUUAACAUUUCUGUGGCAGUGAAUUAUUAGGUUAAUGUCAAUAUUCGAAAACUUCCGUCAAUACAGUAUUGACAUUAAAAAAAUAUUAGUACGGACAUAUAGUGAUAUACUAUGACAUCUCUACUAUACUGUAUAUACAAUAUACUAUUUAUUUGGUUUUAAGGCCACACAUAACAUAAUCCUGUACUAACCAUGCUAACUAUCACUCAUAACAGUAAUUUAUUUGUAAAUGUCAUUAGUUUUAUCAUUCUCCACUUUAGUCAGAUCAGAUCAUAUCAUUUUGUUUCGUAAGAUUCAAAUCAGGUUCUCCUUUACAAAUUCAGUUUUACCAUUGCAUCUUUGUAUGAUUCAAGCAGUGUGUUCUUGCAUGUUGGUUUUGCCAGACUUCAUGAUUCUAGAAACCCCAGGGUAUUGAUGUGUCUAUGCAGGAAGACACAGACGUUGUGUGCAUCCCCUAAGCUUCCUUGAUGUGUGUAGUGACAGAAGAUGUUGUUGCAACAAUUUUGUAUCCUCAACACAUGCAUGAGGUCUGUUUGAUCCAGGAGUGUGUAGCUGUUGUAUAUAUUGUCACUAUCAAUGAAGCAGGAGAAAUUGGGAAUGGAAAAGUGAUCCUGCUGGUCAAAUCAAUAUUGAUAUGGUCACAUUCAGGAAAGUGAUCUUAAAUGACCUGCAUGUCAGUGGUCAUAAUAAAGCUGCUUGAUAUUUGUUUGUUUGAAUUAUGAGAUCAGCAAGAUGUAAAUUGAUUGAAAGUUUUGUCUUUUGAUUUCAUUGUUAAUGAUAUUGCUCACGUUCAUUACUUUUCCAGUCCUUAUUUCUUGGAGAUUAUCUUUUGUUAUAAUGUGUCCAAGUCAUUCCACUAUCACGGGCAAAGAAUGUUUACAAUGGUGCUCAGGGUUUUAUCUUUCCCCUCUUGGACAGUCUAUUGUCUCAACAGGACUGUUACCAGGUUCCUCAUUAGACGAAGAAUUGUGAAAGUAAGCAGUCAAAAGAAUAUCAACUUUUUAGAAAAAUACUUGAGAGAAAUGCCAAAUUCCUUUCAAAUCAAAACAUUCUGAGAAGUAUAUUUCUUUUUGUUUUCCUUUCUUAUGUGCAUUUGAAGCAAAAGAUUCUUGAUUCCACAUGCAAGUCAUGAAAGACAUUAAUGCAAGUAACAAUCAUUUCAUUCUUUGAGAAAUCCAAGAGACAUUAAUACUCAGUAGAUAGUUCCUAGCAGUAACUUACCUGCCUUUUGAAAUCAUUGCCUUCAUGAUAGAAUUGCUCUUGCUAUCAUUGGCAAGACAAUGUCCACAAAGCAUCCUUACUGACUGGAAAUAUGCUUCUUGAUUUAAUUAGCAUAUUAAUUGCUGCAAAGUAUUUCAAUCAUGUGGGUCAAACGAGUCCUAUACAUGUAUAUAGUACACAUGGGCAGAUCCAGGAAUUUUGAAAGGGGUGGGGUGGGGGGCUUCGAACCCCCUGAACCCCUCAUUGGCUCCGCCAACGCAAAAAAACAACAAACUUCAAUGUGGUCUUAAGUCAUUUUCAAAUCUCUGGAUCCGCCACUGCUACAUCAUCUGUGCAGAAGACCUUGGUGCCACUGUACGUCUUUUCAUGGUGCCCAAUCUUGAUGUGGGUGCAAACGAAAUGCUGAUUUGGCAUAAAACCUCCUGCUUAGUCAGUACACAAGCCUGCAGGGAGGAGAAUUUUAUGGUCACAGUAUCGCCACACUUACCCAUCUUGGCUGAUGAUGCAGUGAUAUUCAAACUGGCAACAUUUUAUCUGCAUUGGACCAAAUUCAUGCAUUUGAUUCUAUCACUUCCUGUCAAAGCAGCACUUCAAUAAAAGUAACCUUGACCCUAAGCGGACAGGGACCCAAAGGCAUACAUUAUGGCUGUCGUAGUAUUCAGUUUGAUUCAGCAAUGUUUGUCACAUCUUCAUCUACCUCAUUUGAUGUUUGGCAUGCUUUUUUUUUCAGUUCCUUUAUGAAUACAGGCAAUAACAUAAAGGCUGAUACUAAUUCCAUAGCACAUAACUUUGAACUUCACCUAAACCCUUGUUUUGUAGUGUGCUCAAUAUACUACCAAUGGCCCUAUUGUGUGUAUAUGUUGGUGCCCCUUCAUCUGACAGUUAUUUGCAGUUAAAAUUAGAAACAUAUUAAGUUUACAUAUAAUCACAUAAGAAUACACCAAUAUUGACUCAAUCUCAUUAAGAUCUGAUCUUAGUUCUUGCCACUGCUACACAAAACUGUGUGAGUGAGCACAAAGGAGUUUCACGAGAUUGAUAUGACUUGUACUAAUUCAGAGAUAUUUUCUAACCACUUAAGCAUGAAGUGCUAUUUUCAUUAAAUGUCGUGGACGUCUGUAAAUGGAAUUGUAAAAUAUGUCAGUGUAUAUUUUGUUGGAUGUGUGGGCAAAACAUGACUUAUGUGUGUUGUUUUGAAAUAGGAGUUAGCAGGUAGGCUUGGUUGCUAACCAGGCAUUGUGUAGAGCAUAUAGUAACACAAUACAUUUCCAUUCUGUCACAGCCUUAGUCUGUGCAACAUUAUUGUUUCUUUAGUCAUAUCCUGGAUCAAAUGGAUCUAUUACAGACUUUCAUAGCCACAACCAAAGUCAUGGCUGAUUGAUGUAUUUUCUUUGUGCUUGUAUAUAUACCUGUCUAUAUAUAUCUGGUUGUAGCCACUCCAUGGAGUGUAGUUUUGUUGAUGUGCUGUUGACAUCAUCUUUCAGCAUCAACUCUCUUUGAUAUGCAUGAAGUCAGCACAAGCUUCUGUCAGCCACGAGUUCAGCCAACAUCACACCAGUCUGUAAACUGUACUCAAACUGCUGGAUCAUUUAAAGAUGCUCUUAAAUAAUAAAUACAUAACCUGA